AGUGCUUUCUGUCAGUUGUGGUUUAAGGAAAGGGGGUAGUGUUCUGCAUUUGAAAGGGCUUUAAUGAAUGCUGUCAGUGUUUGUGAGAGCUAAUGGUCAGUAUGGGAAAGGAGAGCAGAGGAAAGUGGGCUAGCUGCUUCAGGAUAGGUGGAUGAGUUUGCUCUGAUUGAACGGAAUGUUCCACCGUGUUUCAUCUUUAUUCAUUAUCCUUUGUUCUUUAUAAUCUGACAUCGUGGUGUAAAAGUAAAUGUAGAUAUAUAUGUGAAUGUGAUUUAUUUUCUUUUCAAUCUGUUUAUUGUGUACAGCAGGGCAUAUACUUCUCUUGUCUUGGUUGGAUGCACAGAUCUGUGUGCAGUGCUUUUUGCCCGUUGCCUAGACGAUCACUUGGUUUCUCUGAGGAUGUCUGGUUCUCGUAAAGAGUUUGAUGUGAAGCAGAUUUUGAAAAUCAGAUGGAGGUGGUUUGGCCAUCAAGCAUCAUCUCCUAAUCCUACAGUUGACAGCCAGCAGGGAGAAUUUUGGAAUCGAGGACAGACUGGAGCAAACGGUGGGAGAAAGUUUUUAGAUCCAUGUAGCCUACAAUUGCCUCUGGCUUCAAUUGGUUACCGAAGGUCCAGCCAACUGGAUUUUCAGAGUUCACCUUCUUGGCCAAUGGCAUCCACCUCUGAAGUCCCUGCAUUUGAGUUUACAGCAGAAGAUUGUGGCGGUGCACACUGGCUGGAUAGACCAGAAGUGGAUGAUGGCACUAGUGAAGAGGAAAAUGAAUCUGAUUCCAGUUCGUGCAGGACUUCCAAUAGUAGUCAGACAUUAUCAUCCUGCCAUACUAUGGAGCCAUGUUCAUCAGAUGAAUUUUUCCAAGCCCUUAAUCAUGCUGAGCAAACAUUUAAAAAGAUGGAAAACUAUUUGAGACAUAAACAGUUAUGUGAUGUAAUUCUAGUUGCUGGUGAUCGCAGAAUUCCAGCUCAUAGAUUGGUGCUCUCCUCUGUCUCAGAUUAUUUUGCUGCCAUGUUUACUAAUGAUGUCAGGGAAGCAAGACAAGAAGAAAUAAAAAUGGAAGGUGUAGAACCGAAUUCACUAUGGUCCCUGAUUCAGUAUGCAUAUACAGGUCGCCUUGAAUUAAAAGAAGAUAAUAUUGAGUGCCUGUUAUCUACAGCUUGCCUGCUUCAGCUUUCACAGGUUGUGGAAGCAUGCUGUAAGUUUUUAAUGAAACAGCUUCACCCAUCCAACUGUCUUGGAAUCCGUUCUUUUGCUGAUGCCCAAGGUUGUACAGAUUUGCAUAAAGUGGCUCACAAUUAUACGAUGGAACAUUUCAUGGAAGUAAUUCGAAACCAAGAAUUUGUAUUAUUACCAGCCAAUGAAAUUGCAAAGCUCUUGGCCAGUGAUGACAUGAACAUUCCUAAUGAGGAGACGAUAUUGAAUGCACUUCUUACUUGGGUCCGUCAUGACUUGGAACAGAGACGGAAAGAUCUUAGUAAACUUCUGGCUUAUAUUAGGCUACCUCUUCUUGCACCACAGUUCCUGGCAGACAUGGAAAAUAAUGCACUUUUUCGAGAUGAUAUAGAAUGUCAGAAACUAAUUAUGGAAGCAAUGAAGUAUCAUUUAUUACCAGAGAGACGACCCAUGUUACAAAGUCCUCGGACAAAACCUAGGAAGUCAACUGUUGGUACAUUAUUUGCUGUUGGAGGAAUGGAUUCAACAAAAGGAGCAACAAGCAUUGAAAAGUACGAUCUCCGUACCAAUAUGUGGACUCCGGUAGCAAAUAUGAAUGGGAGGAGACUACAGUUCGGUGUUGCCGUGUUAGAUGACAAACUGUAUGUGGUUGGAGGAAGAGAUGGACUGAAGACGUUAAAUACUGUAGAAUGCUACAACCCCAAAACAAAGACCUGGAGUGUGAUGCCUCCUAUGUCCACACACAGGCAUGGCCUUGGUGUGGCUGUAUUGGAAGGUCCCAUGUAUGCAGUUGGAGGGCAUGAUGGCUGGAGCUAUCUGAACACAGUGGAAAGAUGGGACCCUCAGGCACGCCAGUGGAAUUUUGUUGCCACUAUGUCCACUCCCAGGAGCACAGUAGGUGUGGCAGUACUAAGUGGCAAACUUUAUGCAGUUGGUGGUCGGGAUGGAAGUUCUUGUCUCAAGUCAGUAGAAUGUUUUGAUCCUCAUACGAAUAAGUGGACACUCUGUGCACAAAUGUCUAAAAGGAGAGGGGGAGUAGGCGUAACCACCUGGAACGGAUUGCUGUAUGCUAUCGGAGGGCACGAUGCUCCUGCGUCCAACUUGACCUCCAGACUCUCAGACUGUGUGGAGAGAUAUGAUCCCAAAACAGAUAUGUGGACUGCAGUGGCAUCUAUGAGCAUCAGCAGAGAUGCAGUGGGGGUCUGUUUACUUGGAGAUAAAUUAUAUGCUGUUGGAGGGUAUGAUGGACAAACUUAUCUUAAUACAGUGGAGGCUUAUGAUCCCCAAACAAAUGAGUGGACUCAGGUUGCUCCAUUGUGCCUAGGAAGAGCUGGGGCUUGUGUUGUGACUGUAAAAUUAUAAUUUAGUGUUUUGGUUUUUAAAUGAAAAUAUCCUCUUUUAUGAAUUUGGUACAUUUAUCCUACUAUCAAUGGAUACAUUUUUAGGAAAUUUGCAAUGCCACAUUCCUGGGCACAAAGUGCCUGAUCUCAAAGUGAAGAUAUUUUUAAAAAGGGAGGCUGAACCAGAAUCAUAUCCUUUCAUUUCUUAGUAAAUCAAAAGUAUAGCUGGUAGGUUAUGAACAUACAUUCCUCAUAUAAAAUACAAGAACAAACACACUGCUCCUAAGCACAGCCCAGUGUUAAUUGGAAAUUUCAUUUCUUAAUAAUGAAACACAUUAUCCAGAUUUCUUUUAUUACAGUGCAAAUAGACCAGAUAAAACUUGUAACUUUUUUCUUUGUAACUUUAUCAUACAUGAGUUGCAGUAUUUUUUAUUCAUUUCCUUGUUUAACCAUAACCACUCUUUUAAUGAUAUACUAAAGAGUAUGCUAUUUAGUUUAGUGGGGUUUUUUUUCCAGAAAUAGCUGUAAUAUAUGUGCUUUGGUUGUGGAUUUUUUUCUAAAAUAAAGAAAAACAUUAAAAAGUUAAAGUAAUAAUGACCAAAUAAAACUUGAUACGAUCGUUGGAAUAUAUUUAAAUAUUCAUCCUAUUAUAUUUAGAUUCACCAAGAAGUACAUAUUAUGAUAUUCUCAGAUUGGAAUUGAAACAUGGUGUUCUACAUUAAACUUAAGAUAUGCAAAUUUAUGUAGAGAAAAGAAAUGUUAUAUACCCUAUAAUGUUCUUUCACCUAACAAGUAUUUAAUUAUAUGAAUUUGUUUUCUUUUAUAAAAGAUGUUUUUAUCCCUUUGUGCUUCUUUGUAAUCAAUCUGGGGGAAAUGGGAUAUUGAAUGUUUGGAAAAUAAGUUUAAAAUGUUUAUUACCCAAAGUUUUGUACAUUUGUAAACUCUAAUUACAUAUGUGGAUAUUAAUACUCCCAGUGAAUUGCUUAUUAUUUGCAAAAAUGCACUGGGCAGUAACAUUUUAUGAUAAAUCCUUCAAGGUAUAAGUCAUUAAUUUACAUCCUAAUAUAAAUGAGUAUAAUCUAAAUAACCAUAUUUUAAAAUACAGUGUUGUGGUUAAUGUGUUUUUGCAUUGUAUAUCAGGGUAACCUUUAUUUUAGUUGCUUUCUUUAAAAAUUAAAACAAACUUUUUUUAGCUAAUUUGAAUGCUCAUGUAAUGUUUCCACAUUGUUUCUAGAAAUCAAGGAACUGAGUACUUCUGUUUCCCCAAACAAAACCUGUAGUUAUUUCACUUUGUGGUUGCUUAGAAAAUAAUAGUGAUGGUGACAAGUACAUUAAUAUUUCAUAAAUUUA